CCAAAACGUCUGCCGUAUUCACACUGGUACCCUUCUUCCCCACUUUCCUGCUUCUCUCCCGUUAAAACAAAACGAAACCAUAAAUAAAAUCCCCAUCUUCUUCAUAAAAACCCCUAAAAGUUCCCCCAAUUCAAAAUUUCCCAAAACCCUAAUUCCAUGGAUUCUCACCGCCAUUAAUGGAGCCGUCACCUCCAUCGUCAAAAUGGGCGCCCUAACCGAGAACCGCAAGCGCUGCUUCGCCUUCGUCGAUCAUCCGAUUUCAGACCUCAAGAUCACUCCCUCGUCAAAGAAACCCAAGCUCCGGCCUCAGAUUCCAGCUCCCACUCCCAAGGCCGUCUCCUUCCCGCCGACGGCUCCAUUUUCCCGCCAAGUUCACGGGCCCCAGCGCGUCAUCAAAGCCUUCAACCUCGGAUCGAGCAGCGGUAGGGGUCUUGUACAGCGAGAGCCUUUCCAAAUGGGGAACUUCGCGUCUUCUCUCUUCGAAUCGAAGAGAGAAGAGGGGUUAGGAUUGGAGGCUUACAGGAAAAUGGUGAAUGAUUCAGGUUUUAGGGAGGUAAACCCGGGAUCAGGGUCGAAAUUAGGGUUAGGAUCUGUUGAGGAGAUUUCACUGCCGCCGCCGACGGAUGCGGAGGAGGUGAAGGUUUUGAACAGGAAGGUGGUAGAUGCGAGGAACGUAGUGGAGAAUGUCUGGGUGAAGAAUAAGAAGCCAGUUUAUCUAGAACUGUAUGAACAGGCGAAGAAACGGGAUCCUAGACUGAGUACUUUGUCACUUGAUCAGAAAUUGGCUGAGUUGAAGCUUUCGGGCCUACAAUCUGUGCCUAAGGCGCAAGAGGAGAACCCCAAAGAGGUGUUUAUCCCACUUACAGAUGAAGAAGAGGAUGAGGUGUCAUAUGCUUUUCGUGGUGGAAAAAGACGUCAACUUCUAGUCACACAUAAGGCAUCUAAUAUUGAGAUUACAGGAGAGGUCUUGCAAUGCCUGAAUGGCAAUGGUUGGUUAAAUGAUGAGGUUAUAAACCUGUAUCUCGAGUUACUGAAGGAAAGGGAGAGAAGAGAACCAAAAAAGUUUCUGAAAUGCCAUUUCUUCAGUACAUUUUUCUAUAAAAGGCUGAUCAGUGGGAGAAAUGGUUAUGAUUACAAUGCAGUUAAAAGGUGGACUACUCAAAGAAAGUUAGGUUACGGACUUAUUGAAUGUGACAAAAUCUUUGUUCCUAUACACCAAGAUAUACAUUGGUGUCUAGCAGUUAUCAGUGUCAAGGAUGAAACCUUUCAAUACCUUGAUUCGCUUGGGGGCAUUGACACUGCUGUUCUGAGGGUUUUGGCUAGAUACUUCAUGGACGAAGUGAAGGACAAGAGCAAUAAACAGAUCGACACAUCAUCCUGGAAGCAUGAAAUGGUGGAUGCCCUUCCACUCCAGCAGAAUGGGUGGGACUGUGGGAUGUUCAUGCUCAAGUACAUUGACUUCUACAGUAGAGGUCUAGACCUCUGUUUCAACCAGGAACACAUGGCUUAUUUUAGGAAGAGAACUGCAAAGGAGAUUUUGAAGUUGAGAGCGGAUUGAAUUACUAGAAUAUUGACUAUUGACUUCUUUGGGGAUUAAACAAUUCUCGAUGGUACUAAUCUGUCCCCAGAAAGGUGAAUAUACAGGCAUGUUGUAUAGUUUACAUUUUCUUGAGAAACAGCGAUCAGAUGCAAUUUCAUGACCUUCAAGAGACUUAACUUUUCUCAGAUGACCUCGUUGGGAAGAUAAGAUGAUGAAGGAUAACUGGCUGUAUUUCUGGUUUAAUAUGUGUCAAUUUUUGUAAUGAGAGGGUUUUUUAACUGGCUGUCAAUUUUUGUAAUGAGAGGGGUUUUUUUAAUUGAAUGUGCUCGUCUCCAA